AUGCUACACGGGCAGCCAGCUUCCCCCCCGGAACUGUACGGCGCUCUGGUCCCAAGCGGCGUCUACCCUGACAGGCGUCCGUGGGCGAAAAAACUGCUGGCCCAAUUUUCCUCCCUCACCGAGCAGAGGAAGAACCCGAUGCCGCCAGCGAAGGGAAGAUUGCCGGGGAGGAUCGGGCCGAGGAUAAGUGUUGCGCCCUAGAUGCCACGCCUGCCGGCGCCUGGCGUCCUUGCUCUCCUCUCCGCUCUCGUCACAUCUCGGGACCCCGAGUUCUCAGUUAUGACUGCUGUAGCUCGGGUAGCCCGAUUUCCCAACUGGAAGAGGAGGCAAGAAAAUACUCCACUUCCUGUCAGCUCCAGAGGCUGGCACACCGCUAGAAGCCUUCUAUGUGACCACCUCGCUAGUUGUCUCUGCGAUACUCUUUCUCUGGCACGC